UUUAUGUGCAUACAUAUUUGCAAUUAUUUAGAGAAAAUUGAGCAGAAUUUAUAAUAAAAACACAAAAAUGGACAACGAGCGACUAGAUUUGAUUUCCCAAUACUUAAAAAAUGAGGAAGAGCUCAUUGGCGGCAGUGCUGGUAUCUUGGGGAUGUUAAAUAGCUUGCCUUCGAGCUCCAGCUCCGAAUCUUCCUCAAGCCUUGAUGAACCGGAACGAGAAGAAAGCAGCAAACGUGAGAACUUUGGUGAAGUCGUUGAAGGUGACAACGAAAGUGAAUUCAAAGCCCACAUGAGACUACGGCGUUCAACUGUAGAACUUUUAAUCAGUACAUUGUGGUACAUACAAAUUCCAAAAUUUUUGUACAAAAAUGUACGAAAUUCGACAAAGAUUCAUCAAUAUUUUGAUACCUCAAGUGGAGGAUCAUAG